UACUUUAUAAAUAGAGGAUCAAUGCCACUGACAUUCAUCAUCAUCAUCAUCAUCAUCAUCAUCAACAUUCACAACACAUUACACACAAGAAACUACAUACAAAAAAAGAAUGGCCAGUCUUCACAUUCUCUUCUUCAUGUUCAUUACAGGCGGAGUUGCUGUUUCCGCCACCGUCUUCACACUGAAGAACAGUUGUCCUUACACCGUCUGGCCGGCAACUUUCGCCGGCAAAGGCAGCACCCUCGGCGAAGGCGGGUUUCAACUAGAUCCAGGCGCUUCCGUGCAGCUCACGCUUACCAAUGAACCAGGAUGGUCAGGCCGGUUCUGGGGUCGUACCGGCUGCAACUUUGACUCCUCAGGCCACGGCAACUGCGCCACAGGAGACUGCGGCAAUUCCCUAAAAUGCACCGUCACCGGAGCAACUCCCUCCACUCUAGCUGAGUUCACCAUCCAAGGCGACUCCGGCAACGAUUUCUACGACCUAAGCCUCGUCGACGGUUACAACGUCAAGAUGGGGAUAAAGCCCGAAGGAGGAUCUGGAGAGUGCAAGUACACGGGCUGCGUCGCUGACCUCAACGCGGAUUGUCCUGAACAGCUUCGCGUCAUGGAUCCGAACAACGGUGGAAACGUCGUGGGGUGUAAAAGCGCGUGCGCGGCGUUCAACACGGAUGAGUUUUGCUGCAAGGGAGCUCACAAUACUUCUCAAACUUGUUCUCCUACGGAUUACUCGAGGAAGUUCAAGAACGCUUGCCCUACCGCUUAUAGCUACGCUUAUGACGAUGCUUCGAGUACCUUCACUUGUGCUGGAGCUAACUAUGUGAUCACUUUCUGCCCCUGAUUAAAAUUGACCAGAGCUCCGGUUUUAAAUAGAUCGGAUAGCUAGGGUUUUUAUCUAUCUUUUGCUUGCUGUACACGGGAAGAUGAAUAUCUUCUUCCACUUUUUAAAGAUUUUCCUAAGUAUUGAUCAGUUGUUACACUAUAAGCUGUGAUUUGUAUUGUGACAUAUCUUUAAAAAUAAAUAAUUGCAUUACAUACUGUUCUAA